UGAAAGAAAAGCUUCUUUUAAAUGGCAACCUUCGCAUCGGUUUCUGAGUAACAGAUAUAAAAGUGGAUUUAAUGGUGCUAUAAAGGAUAUUGUUCAAGGACUGUAUUUCUUUUUGUUUCCCUUCUUUAAUCAGAAUUUUUCUGCGGACAGUACUUUCGUAACGUCAUGGAAAAUGUACGGCAGACGGCAGAUUGGCAAGGGACUGGAGUCAAUGGGAAACAUUAUGAGUGGCAGCUUUCAAAUGGAUCUCAAUGGCUGCCAAUUGACAACGCCCAUGUGAUCGAGACCCACUACUGCCAACCUGGAGCUAAAGGGAUCACCAUCAACUUCGGCCAUGUGAAGGUGUUCAUAGACUUCGAUAAACUGCAGACUCAGAAUGCAGAUCUGAAAGUGCAGAGACUCAGCUCCCUCUCUCCGGGCCAGACGGAGGACAUAGGCUGGUACUUCAGAGAUGACCAGCUGUGGCGUGAAUUUGGAUCCCAGUGCUCCAACAUGCAGUCCUCAUCCAUCAGCAGUGGAGAUGUGGAGCGUCAGUUCACUCUUAACCCUCAAGGAUCUUUCAACUUCACAGUGGGCUCGUCAAGAUACUCACUAGACUUCUCAACCAAUACACAAACAAACUGCGUCACAGGCAUGCGCCGGGAUUUACGAAGGCGUCCUAAAUUGGCUUCCAACACAAGCCAAAACUCCACCUUAGCUUCCUCCUCCCAGCUCACAGUUGGAGGCUACAGGUGGGAGUUCAUGGGAGAAGAGGGGAUAUGGACAGAGUACAAAGCACAUAUAUGUUCAUUUGAUAGCACUGCCCUUGAGAGCCAAUACCAGCUGAAUCCACAGGGCCAGCUUCACUUCAAGAUUAAAAGAUUUUCAUACACGCUGGAUUUCUCUAGCAUGUGUCAAGUCAAUGACAAUAUUGGGACCUGGAGAGCAGUGAGGAGGACUGCUGACUCUGGAAAUCAACAACACAGCAGUUUGGGAACUUUACCACGAUGGCUGUUUCAGGAUAUCGACGGAAUAUGGACAGAUUAUUCCAAUUCCAAAAGCAGCAUUUCCAGUCAGGACAUUGAGCGCCAGUACCAACAGACCCCGUCAGGCUCUAUGAAGUUUACUGCCAAAAACUUUAGCUAUGAGCUGAACUUCUCAGCCAUGACUCAGAAGAACCUGUCCACCACCACCACCCGAUCAGUGCGGAGACUCACCCAGUGACUUUGGGACGGCACUGGAAGUAGAGCUCAAAGGUCAACCUAAUGUCUGGAAAAAGUUGUAGAAAGUCUUUUGUGGUUGAACAGAUAAGUAAUGUCGAAUAAAAAAGGAACUCGAGCCAUGUCACUUAAAGUCAGAGUCAGUUGGGGCUUAAGACAAUUUAAAUAGAAAUCUUCGGGUGUGGAGAACCUAUCUUUGUUUGAGGCUAGCGUCUUGUGGCUACAUUAGCGGCAAGUAGCAUAAAACUCACAAACCUAUGACCAGCAUGUCAGCAGUGAAGUUUUAUUGUUGGUAAUUUGUUCACCAGUUUCCAAAAGAAAUAAAGAGUACAUGAAUGCAAUAUAUCUUAUUCUGCUGCAUCAACUUAGAUGUCUUUUGUUAAAAAUGGUCAGAAAAUCUUAUAGCACAGAAAUGCUAAAUCAGGCAAGUACUCUUAAUGAAGGAUAAAGACCUCUUUUUAGCAUCCUAACGUGUUUAUGAUUCAUGAAUACCGUCUUUUAAACAUUUACUUUUAGACAAGAUACCUUUUUUACCUUGAACCAAAAACAAUUACCCGUAAAGAUGUAUAUUUUAAGCUCUCUACUAAUUGUGUAUGAACAUCCAAAAAUACUGCCAUGUGAUGUCUGAAAUUCUUUUCUGAAUUAAAGGAACUUAAACUCUA